CUCUCCCUCUCUCUCUUUCUCUCCCCCCUCCCUCUCUCUCUCCGCUCGCUUCACAAGUGCAGAUCGAUAAAGGCACCAUUCAAAUAGUGUAGGCUGGACUUGUGUGCGCCCGCCAGCCGCUUUUGUGGAGGGAAUCCAACCAUGUGGAGCACCGGGGGCCGUGCAGAGCGCACCAUGAGCCCGGAGACGCGCACACUUGAUGCCGCUCUCAGCAGACAUGCUCCAGCAGCCCUGGUCCAGGUCUCUUCGGUCCUCUGCUAAAUUCGAGACUCGCUCACUUCGUCUUCGUCUCGCAAACUGCAUUACCUGUCCGUCCUCCUGAGAGGGGGGAGGGGGGGGUCUCCCGGGAAGAGAAAUAGGUUAGGGAUUCUAUUUAUCUAGUUGUCACAAUGAGGCGGAUUUACAGGGAAGGAUGCUACGAAGGAUCCAUGGAAGUGCGGAGAUGCGUUCAAUGUGGCCGAGCUCAAACCACCACGAUGAGGAUUAGGACGAGGAUUGUUUUAUGGAACCUCUUCUUUUCACUCAUGCUCACCUGCGUGGAAGGUUUCAUCCAUACCUGUGGAGGCACUUUAAAGGGAAGGAACGGGACGAUAGAAAGCCCGGGGUUUCCAUACGGUUACCCCAAUGGAGCAAACUGUACUUGGGUGAUCGUUGCAGAGGAGGGCAACAGGAUUCAUAUAGUUUUUCAGUCUUUUGCUGUGGAGGAAGAAUAUGACUUUUUAUCUUUGUAUGAUGGGCACCCGCACCCAGCCAACUUCAGAUCGAGGUUAACAGGAUUUAGCAUUCCCUCACCUGUUACGAGUUCAGGCUCAAUUUUUUCCCUGAGGCUUACCAGUGACUUUGCAGUAAGUGCUCAUGGAUUUAAAGCAUCUUAUGAAGAGCUCAGGAGCAGCUCUUGCGGAAACCCGGGAGUUCCAUCGAAAGGCAUAUUAAAUGGAACACAGUUCAAUAUAGGGGCAAAAAUCCGUUACAGGUGUAUAUCGGGUUAUGUCCUGGAUGGCCAUUCGCUGCUCACCUGCGUCACGAAUGCCGCCGGUGUGUCGGUUUGGGACUUCCCGGUGCCAAUCUGCAGAGCGGAGGACACGUGCGGCGGCACCCUGAGGGGCUCCAGUGGCUUCAUAUCCAGCUUUGAUUUCCCCAGCGGGGACUCCCCUGGGGUUGGAGGACUGGGUAGCAGCGGGGAGUGUAAAUGGACCAUUCUGGCUGACCCGGGGGAUACAAUCUCAUUGGUGUUCACUGAAUUUCAAAUGGAGGAAAAGUCGGAUUAUCUAGAAGUGGAAGGAUCAGAAUCGCCGACGAUAUGGUUGACAGGGAUGAAUAUUCCAGCGCCCAUCAUCAGCAACAAAAAUUGGCUGCGGCUGCAUUUUGUGACAGAGAGUAACCACCGCCACAAAGGCUUCAGGGCUCAGUAUCAAGUGAAAAGCUCCGGAGAGCUGAAAUCCAGGGGGGUGAAGUUGUUACCGGGGAAGGACAACACUAACAAACUGUCUUUGAUGAAUGAAGGUGGAGUCAAGCAGUUGUCCAAUUACUGUCCUGAUCCGGGAGAGCCCGAGAAUGGCAAAAGGAUCGGGUCUGACUUUAGCAUCGGCGCAACUGCUCAAUUUAUCUGCGAUGAAGACCAUGUGCUGCAGGGUUCCAAAACGAUUACCUGCCAGCGCGUGGCUGAAGUCUUUGCAGCUUGGAGCGACCACAGACCCGUCUGCAAGGUGAAAACAUGUGGGUCGAAUCUACUGGGACCUUCGGGAACAUUCACGUCCCCGAACUUCCCCAUCCAAUAUGAGAGCAAUUCCCAGUGUGUGUGGAUCAUCACUGCCAGUGAUCCCAAUAAGGUUAUUCAGAUCAACUUUGAAGAGUUUGACUUGGAGAUCGGCUAUGAUUCUCUUACAAUUGGAGACGGAGCGGAAGUAGGAGAUUCUAAAACUAUAAUACAAGUACUAACUGGGAGCUUCGUGCCAGACCUGAUCGUCAGCAUGUCCCAUCAGAUGUGGCUUCAUCUCCAAUCUGAUGAAAGCGUGGGAUCAAUCGGCUUCAAGAUCAACUAUAAAGAAAUUGACAAAGAGAGUUGCGGCGAUCCUGGUACACCACUUUAUGGCUACCAGGAGGGAAGUGGUUUUUUAAAUGGAGACGUUUUGCGCUUUGAGUGCCAGUUUGGAUUUGAGCUCAUUGGGGAGAGGAUGAUAACCUGCCAGAACAACAAUCAGUGGUCUGCAAACAUCCCCAUCUGCAUAUUUCCCUGUUUUUCCAACUUCACGGCUCCCAUGGGGACCGUGUUGUCUCCAGACUAUCCAGAAGGCUACGGGAACAACCUCAACUGUGUGUGGUUGAUCAUCUCGGAGGCCGGUUCCCGAAUCCACUUGGCCUUUAAUGACUUUGACCUUGAACCGCCCUACGACUUCCUCACAAUUAAAGAUGGCGACCAGUCGGGAGCUACAAUUUUGGGGCGUUUCUCGGGGGCGGAAGUCCCCUCCCACCUGACGUCCAACAGUAACAUCCUGCAGCUGGAGUUUCAGGCAGAUCACUCCAUGUCAGGGCGGGGCUUCAACAUCACCUACAGCACUUUCGGACGUAAUGAGUGCCCUGACCCUGGCAUACCACUGAAUGCCAGGCGCUUCGGGGACAGUUUCCAACUGGGCAGCUCCAUCUCGGUGGUCUGUGAGGAGGGCUUCAUCAAGACGCAGGGGGCCGACACCAUCACGUGCCAUUUAGAGGAAGGCAAGGUGAUGUGGAGCGGUCUCAUUCCAAAAUGUGAAGCCCCUUGCGGAGGUCAUUACUCGGGUCCUUCUGGAGUCAUCUUGUCUCCAGGGUGGCCCGGCUACUACAAAGACUCUCUCAGUUGUGAGUGGGUCAUUGAAGCAGAGCCAGGACGCUCCAUCAAGAUCAGUUUUGACAGGUUUCAAACUGAACUCAGCUAUGACUUCCUGGAGGUGCAUGACGGCCCAAACCUGCUUUCACCUCUGAUUGGCUCGUUCAAUGGGACCCAGGUUCCUCAGUUCCUGUUUAGCACCAGCAACUUCCUGUAUUUGCUGUUCACGACCGACAACAGUAGAUCGAACAGUGGCUUCAAGAUCUUCUAUGAAGUUGUUACGGUGGACACGUACUCCUGCAUGGAUCCUGGUAUCCCGGUCAAUGGUGUGCGGCUCAGCCAUGACCUGUCCAUCGGCUCCACAAUGUCCUUCCAAUGUGAUCCAGGAUAUCGACUAAGUCAUGAGGAACCUCUGGUUUGUGAGAAGAACCACUUCUGGAGCCACCCGCUGCCCACUUGUGACGCGUCAUGCGGUGGGGAUAUUAGAGGACCCGGUGGUGUCAUCCUCUCGCCUGGCUACCCUGAGCUGUAUCCCAACUCCUUGAACUGUACGUGGACUGUGGAGGUCAGCCAUGGAAAAGGUGUCCAGUUUACUUUCCACUCCUUCCACCUGGAGGAUCACCAUGACUAUCUUCUGAUAACAGAAAAUGGCAGCUUCGCCCAGCCGCUGGCUCGACUAACCGGCUCAGAGAGGCCGGCGCCGGUUAAUGCGGGCCUGUAUGGCAACUUCAAAGCACAGCUCCGCUUCAUUUCGGACUUCUCCAUAUCUCUGCAGGGAUUCAACAUCUCCUUCUCAGAGUAUGAUCUUGAGCCUUGUCAGGACCCCGGGACUCCUCGCUUUGGCUGGCACACAGGCUCCAGGUUUGGCAUCGGUGACAACCUAUUGUUCCACUGCAACACCGGAUAUCGUCUGCAGGGGGCCAAAGAGAUCGUUUGCUUGGGAGGUGGCCGCCGAAUGUGGAGCGCCCCUCUGCCAAGGUGUGUGGCGGAGUGUGGAUCAACUGUCUCCAAAAAUGAGGGGGUUCUUUUGUCGCCAAACUACCCGUCGGACUAUGACAACAGCCACGAGUGUGUGUACAGUAUUCAUGUCCAGAGAGGCAAAGGAAUCAAUAUCACCGCCAGCACAUUCCAACUUGCACAAGGUGACAUCCUCAAGGUUUAUGAUGGUAGAGACGGUGCAGCCGCACUUCUUGGCACGUACACCGGCACUUCCAUGCAGGGUCUGUCUCUGACCAGCACUUCCAACAAUAUGUGGUUGGAAUUCUACUCUGACCAGGAGGGGACGGCGUCAGGGUUCCGCCUCUCAUACCGAAGUUUUGAGUUAUCCCACUGUGAUGAGCCGGGAGUGCCGCAAUUUGGCUUUAAAGUCAGUGACCAGGGUCACUUUGCUGGAAGUGCAAUUACGUACGGUUGCGACCAAGGUUACACUCUGCACGGCAGCGGCAUACUCAAGUGCAUGACGGGAGAGAGAAGGGCGUGGGACAGCAACCUGCCGUCAUGUAUUGCGGAAUGCGGUGGCAGUUUCAAGGGGAAAACAUCCGGGCGCAUCCUUUCCCCCGGGUAUCCAUUUCCGUACGACAACAACCUGAGGUGCACGUGGACCAUUGAGGUCAACUCUGGAAAUAUUGUCAGCCUCCAGUUUCUUGCUUUCGACACAGAGGCAUCCCACGAUAUCCUGAAGGUGUGGGAUGGUCCGCCCGACAAUGAAAUGUCUCUGAAGGAGGUUAGCGGCUCGCUGCUGCCUGAGGGGAUCCACUCUACUCUCAAUGUGGUCACCAUUCAGUUCGAAACUGACUUCUACAUCACCAAGUCUGGCUUUGCCAUUGACUUCUCCAGUUCACUUGCCACCGCCUGCAGAGAUCCGGGUAUCCCCAUGAAUGGCACUCGCAACGGGGAAGGACGGGAGCCCGGCGACUCUGUGACCUUCUCUUGCGAUCCGGGAUAUGAAUUGCAGGGGGAGAGCCGAAUCACCUGCAUCCAAGUGGAAAAUAGAUACUACUGGCAACCCAGCCCUCCGAGUUGCAUUGCUCCGUGCGGAGGGAAUGUGACUGGAUCUUCAGGGUUCAUCCUGUCACCCAACUACCCUCACCCCUACCCGCAUAGUAAAGACUGUGACUGGCUGAUUGCUGUCCACUCGGACUAUGUCAUAUCCUUGGCUUUUAUCAGCUUCAGUAUUGAGCCCAACUAUGAUUUCUUGUAUAUCUACGAUGGGCCAGACAGCAGCGCUCAUCUGAUUGGAAGUUUCCAGGACAGUAAACUUCCGGAGAAGAUUGAGAGCUCCUCCAACUUCAUGUACUUGGCAUUCCGUAGUGACGGCUCCGUGAGCUACACUGGCUUUCAUUUGGAGUACAAAGCCAAACUGCGGGAGGCAUGUUUUGAUCCAGGGAAUGUGAUGAAUGGCACUAGAAUGGGCACCGACUACAAGCUGGGAUCCAUGGUUACAUUUAAUUGUGAGGCUGGAUACCUACUGCAAGGCUACUCUACUUUGACAUGCGUCAUGGGCAACAGCAAGAGACCGGAGUGGGACAGAAGCAAGCCAAGUUGCCAAGCUCCCUGCGGGGGUCACUUCACAGGUUCAGAGGGCACCGUGCUGUCCCCCAACUAUCCACAUAAUUAUACCAGAGGCCAGAGCUGUGUGUAUGACAUCUUUGUCCCCGGAGACUUUGUGCUGUUUGGUCAGUUUGUGGUGUUCCAUACAUUGACCAGCGACCUUGUCGAGAUCUUUGAUGGAUCCUCAACGGAAUCACCUCUUCUUUCCUCCAUUUACGGAUCCCAUUCAGGGGAGACGCUCCCUUUGAGCUCAGGAAACAAGGUAACGCUCAAGUUUACCUCAAACGGCACCGACACAGCCAAAGGAUUUCAUUUUGUUUACCAAGCCGUCCCCAGGACCAGCUCCACUCAGUGUAGCUCAGUCCCCGAGCCGCGAUUCGGGAAGCGCCUCGGGAACGACUUUGGCACUGGAAUGGUGGUGCUGUUUGAAUGCAAUCCAGGUUAUACGCUGCACGGCGCCAGCGCCAUCAGGUGCGAGGCCGUGCCCAAUGCCCUCGCCCAGUGGAACGGCACUGUGCCCACAUGUGCUGUUCCCUGUGGGGGGGUGCUGACUGGCCGCAGAGGCACCAUCCUUUCUCCCGGAUACCCGGAUCCGUAUUCCAACUACCUAAACUGCGCCUGGAAAAUAACUGUUCCGGAGGGAGCUGGCAUUCAAAUUCAAGUGGUGACCUUUGCAACGGAGCACAACUGGGAUUCGCUGGAUUUUUUUGACGGGGUGGAUGGCAACGCUCCGAGGCUUGGUAGCUACUCAGGUACAACGAUUCCCCAACUGCUAAAUAGCACAUCAAACAACCUCUACCUGACCUUCCAGUCUGACAUCAGUGUGUCUGCCGCUGGCUUCCAUUUGGAGUACACAGCAAUAGGUUUGGAUUCGUGCCCUGAGCCGCUGCCCCCCACUAACGGCCACAAAGUGGGAGACCGCUACACUGUGGGCGACAUGGUUUCCUUCCAGUGUGAUCGAGGAUUCUCGCUACAGGGUAAUGCAUACAUCACGUGCAUGCCUGGUCCCGUCAGAAGGUGGAAUUACCCCGUACCGUUGUGUUUAGCUCAGUGUGGCGGCUCCAUGACAGACUUCAGUGGCGUUAUCCUCAGCCCGGGCUUUCCAGGGAAUUACCAGAGCAGCCUGGACUGCAGCUGGAGAGUUCAGCUUCCUAUCGGCUUUGGGAUCCAUCUGCAGUUUCUGAACUUCUCCACGGAGCCGGUUCACGACUAUCUGGAAGUGCGCAGCGGCAGCUUAGAGGCUGGAACCGUGAUCGAUCGCUUCAGUGGCUCGCUGGUUCCCAACUCUCUGUUCAGCACCACCCACGAGACCACGCUCUUCUUCCACAGCGACUACUCCCAGAACAAGCCUGGCUUCCAUAUUGUUUAUCAAGCAUAUGAGCUCCAGAGGUGCCCGGAUCCACGGCCAUUCCGCAACGGCCUCGUGAUCGGCCAAGACUACAGCGUGGGGAUGACCAUCACUUUCGAGUGCCUGCCUGGAUAUACGCUUCUUGGGGAGCCUUCGCUCACAUGUCUUCACGGAGUCAGCAGAAACUGGAACCACCCCAUACCUCGCUGUGAAGCUCUCUGUGGUGGGAAUAUCACAUCAAUGAACGGCACUAUUUAUUCCCCCGGACACCCUGCUGAGUACCCCCACUUCCAGGACUGCAUGUGGACUGUCAGAGUCCCUCCUGGUUACGGCAUCUACAUCAAUUUCUCAAUUAUCAAUACGGAGCCAAUCUAUGACUACAUCACUGUGUGGGACGGACCUGAGCAGACCUCACCCCAGAUUGGUCAGUUCAGCGGCACGUCCAUGCAGGAAGGUGUGUCCACUACCGCCAACCAAAUCCUCAUCAAGUUCCACAGCGACUUCAGUACCAGCGGCUUCUUUGUGCUCAAUUACUACGCAUACCAACUGAGGACGUGUCAGCCGCCGCCUCCUGUCGCCAACGCCACCGUCCUGACUGACGACGACCAUUUUGAAAUCGGGGACAUUAUCCGCUACUCGUGCCUGCCGGGCUUCACCUUGGUCGGCAGCGAGAUUCUGACCUGUCGACUCGGAGAGCGGCUCCAGAUGGAUGGACCCCCACCAGUCUGUCAAGUCCAAUGUCCUGCUCACGAGGUGCGGUUUGACUCAACGGGGGUGAUCCUGAGUCCGGGCUACCCUGAAAAUUACCCAAACCUUCAGAUGUGCUCUUGGCUGAUCAAUGUGGAGAAGGGCUACAACAUUUCUCUGCACUUUGAACUAUUUCAGACGGAAAGGGAGUUUGACAUUUUGGAAAUAUUUGAUGGUCCAAACAUCUACAGCCAGAACCUGGCAUCACUGAGUGGUGACAUGGAGACCCCCUUCAGUCUGACCACCACCGGCCACCAGCUCCUGCUGCGCUGGUCUUCCGACCACGGCACCAACCGACGAGGUUUCCACAUCAGAUAUGUGGGUGAGUAUCAAACGAUGUACUGCAGUACCCCCGACUCCCCACAGCACGGUUUUGUUGUCAGCCAGACUGGGGGUCAUGUUAACAGCACGGUGCGCUGGGCCUGCGACAGGGGGUAUAAACUGAUAGGAAAGGGCACAGCUGUAUGCCAGAAGACCACCCACGGCUACUACACCUGGGACGCACCAGUUCCUGCCUGUCAAGCUGUGUCGUGCGGCGUGCCCAGCGCGCCAAUGAACGGAGGUGUUCUCGCAGCUGAUUAUUCCGUCGGCACACGGGUGACCUACUUUUGCAACAGUGGCUACCGGCUCUCCUCCAAAGAGCUGACGACCACAGUCUGCCAGCCAGACGGCACCUGGAGCAACCACAACAAGAUACCUCGAUGCAUCCUCAUGAUGUGCCCCAGUCUUAGUUCCUUCUCUCUGGACCACGGGAAAUGGAAGCUGGUCAAUGGCUCUUCCUAUGAGUUCGGGACCAAGAUCAUUUUCAUCUGCAACCCAGGAUACUUUCGUGUCGGUCCUGCUCACAUCCAGUGUCUGGCCAAUGGAGCUUGGAGUUGGAGAAAUGAAAGACCUCGAUGCAGAAUCGUUUCUUGUGGAGAUCUUCCAUCUCCACCCAAUGGGAAGAAAAUUGGGACUCAGACAACCUUUGGAGCAUCAGCCAUUUUCAGCUGUAACCUUGGCUACGUUUUAACCGGAUCCACUGUUAGAGAGUGUCUCUUGUCUGGGCUUUGGAGUGGAACAGGGACUCAGUGCCUGGCCGGCCAUUGCGGUACCCCCGAGCAGAUCGUGAACGGUCAGGUGAUCGGGGAGAAUUUCGGUUACAGAGACACGGUGGUGUACCAGUGCAACUCGGGAUUCAGGCUCAUUGGCUCUUCAGUCCGGAUUUGCCAGCAGGACCACAACUGGUCUGGACAACUCCCAGUUUGUAUCUCUGUCACGUGCGGCCACCCCGGCAGCCCCAUCUACGGGCGCACCAUCGGCGACGGCUAUAACUACAAUGACGUGGUGCGCUUCUCCUGCAAUAAAGGCUACACACUGGAGGGACCUUCCACAGCCCAGUGCCAGACAAACCGCCAGUGGAGCCAGCAGCCCGCUACAUGCAGAGUGGUGAACUGCACAGACCCAGGCAUUCCCGCCAAUUCCAUCCGUGAAAGCAAGAUCGAGCAUGGCAACUUUACGUUUGGCAGCGUGGUGUUCUACGACUGCAACUCUGGAUAUUACCUGUUUGGAUCCUCGGUGCUCACCUGCCACCCGACUGGUCACUGGGACAAACCUCUGCCGGAAUGCAUAGAGGUGGAUUGUGGCCACCCAGGUACGCCUCCUCAUGCAGUCAUGAUUGGAGAGAAGUUCACCUUUGGCUCUGCAGUGCGGUAUUCCUGCUCUGGAGACCGCCAGCUCAUAGGAGACUCAUCACUCACUUGUCAGCUUAAUGGCCAUUGGAGUGGCCCACUGCCCCACUGCUCAGGCGACACUGCGGGCACCUGCGGGGAUCCCGGCACGCCCGCACACGCCAGCAGGGAGGCUGGCAACUUCAAAGUGCGAAGCAAGGUGCGAUUCACCUGCGCGGUGGGACAUACACUGUACGGCUCGGCGGAGAGGAUCUGCUUCCCCAACGGGACGUGGUCGGGCAGACAGCCAUUCUGCAAACCGAUGCAGUGUGGGAACCCAGGGACGCCUUCUCAUGGCCGUGUUUCCCGUGUGGACGGGACAACCUUCUCCCACUCUAUUGUGUAUUCGUGUAUGGAGGGAUAUCUCCUGUCGGGCUCGCCCACACGCCAGUGUCUGGCCAACGGCACGUGGUCUGGCGGCGCUCCAAACUGCACGUUGAUCACUUGCGGAGACCCCGGAAGCCCAGCAAAUGGGCUUCGAUUUGGAGAUGACACCACCGUGGGCCACAACGUGACCUUUAUGUGUCAGCCGGGCUACGUGAUGGUCGGCGAGGACCACAACGUCACCAGAACCUGCACCAACAACGGCACGUGGAGUGGCACGGUUCCAACAUGCAAGGUGGUGACGUGUCCAACACCUCUGUCCAUCCCGAACGGUCUCUUGGAGGGCUCAGUGUGGGAGUGGGGCUCCAGCGUGAGCUACAGCUGUCUGCCGGGCUAUGAGCUGUCCUUCCCUGCUGUGCUCACCUGCACAGGGAAUGGCACGUGGAGUGGAGACCUGCCUCAGUGCUUGCCCAAGUUCUGUGGAGAUCCUGGUACCCCUGCCAAAGGACGGAGAGAAGGGCGUAGCUUCAUCUUCAAGUCAGAGGUGACAUUUAGCUGCAGUGCCCCCUUCGUGCUGGUCGGGUCAACAACACGUCUGUGCCAAGAGGACGGAACCUGGACUGGAGCGCAGCCUCGCUGCAUCGAGCCUACAAGAAGCACCUGUGAGAAUCCAGGAAUACCUGAGCAUGGCUUCAUGAACUACACCACAGGCUUUAAGGUGGGCAGCAGGGUGGACUUCCAGUGCCAACAGGGACACAUCCUGCAUGGUUCCACCACCCGCCUCUGUUUGCCAGACCUCACCUGGACCGGUCUCCAGGCUACCUGUGUUCCUCACUCGUGCAAGCAACCACGCAGCCCGGCCAACUCUGACGUGGUGGGUCUGGACCUGCCCUCCUACGGUUACACCCUCGUGUACACCUGUCAGCCAGGUUACUUCCUUUCCGGGGGAUCGGAGCACCGCUUCUGCCGCUCGGACGGCAGUUGGACCGGCAAGGUGCCCGUGUGUAGAGCUGGAUCCAAAUCACAGGAAAAAACUAUCAAACUCAUCCCGGGGACUCCGAGCCCUAAAAUACACGUUCCAGAGGAUGUAUUCGCUCCCGACUUCCUGUGGAAAGGCUCCUAUGAUUACAAGGGACAGAAGCAGCCGAUGACGAUGACAGUCGUAAGCUUUAACGCCACGACGGGGAAAGUGAAUGUAACUUUAAACGACAGCAGCAUGGAGUUUCUGCUCUCUGGAGUGUACAAACACCAGGAGGCGAGGCUGACGCUUCUACUCUACCACAUGAGAGUUCUGUCCCACAGUUCCUUGAGCAGGAUUACCGAGGAGACCUGGUCAAUGGAUGGAUUUGUUUCAGCCGAGCCCGAGGGCGGGAGCUACGUGUUACAAGGCUUUAUACAGGGUAAAGACUACGGACGCUUUGGACUACAGAGGCUUGGUUUGAGUGUGAGAGAGAACAUCACGCUCACUGAGCCUGAAACCAACACCUCCACCAACAGCAGCUCCGUUGCUGUUGCAAUCCUCGUGCCUUUCUUCGCCCUCAUCUUGGCCGGGCUGGGUUUUUAUGUGUAUAAACAGAGGAAAACAGACAAGGCGCAAUACACGGGAUGUUCCGUGCACGAGAAUAACAACGGACAGGCAACGUUUGAGAAUCCCAUGUACAACACCAACACAAAGGCUGCCGAGGGGAAAGUCGUCCGCUUUGACCCCAACCUCAACACCAUCUGCACCAUGGUUUGACGCCUGCAGCGUUUGAGGGAGAGACCCGUUUUCUUUGUUUGCCUAACAUGAAUAUAUAUUGACAUGUUUAUACUUUUGCCAGUUUGCGCUGCCGCCAAACGGAAAGAGAAACGGAAAGCGAAACAAAGCAAAGCACACUUUCAAGCACGCCGAGGGCCCUCGCCAUUUGUGUAAACACACAAGGUAAAGGACGGGAACAUGCGGUGAAGAGGUGCCUCGUCUUCUCAUAGGUCUUCCCGUAGGUUGGCCGAGAAGGAAAAAGAGGCUGCUGCACUCUGUGAGUGUUGGUUUCAUAGAUUUUAUGUUCUUAAGGGGAAUUAUGUCAGUAAUGCCAAAUGAGAAAAUUGUAUUUUCUACUCCACGUCAAGAGCCUUUGUGAGUGUGUGUGUUUAUGAGUCUCUUCCACCCAUCUUCUUCUUCUCUUCUCACCUCGGUGCUGAGGUGAUCGAUGUCAUCUUUUCCUGAUUUUCCAAAUGGAGGUGAAAAAAGAAGCUUCCUUUUCUUUGGAAACACUCAAGUCUUUUCAAUACGCACGGCCAAUUGCACCUCUUUAAUUGGUCGCUGCCUCCUACUGACAAAUUAUACGGCCUGGGAUGUAAUUACUGAGGUUCAGUACAAUUUGUCCAAUUCCAAUGGGAAAGCUUUUAUUUUUACUGUGCUGUGUUCCGUCGUGAGAGCUAUAGUUGGCAUAAACUUUUACUAUCGGGUUGUGUGUUGGUACUUUGUUUUUCACGCUUUAAAUGUAAGCGUUUGUGUUGACAACGAGCCCCCAAAGUCGAGUCGCUUCAUUCUGUCCUAUGGAGGGCAUUGGUCACACGGGGCUGUUUGUCUCCUAACUAAUUUACCUUCGCUAUUCUCAUCUGGAUUAUUACAUCAGCGUCUUUGUGUCCCAAGUUAUCUCAAAGCCGAGGCUCUGUGCAUAAUGAUCUCACUUUAUUGACUGUCAUGUUUGGGCUUGUGUGCAGCAAUGAGGACCAGGUUUUAGGAUUUAAUCCUGAAUCCAAAGGGCAAAGAUGUCCACAUGUCAGCGGAGUUAAGCUUCUGGUCUGGUUUUGUUGUGUCUCGGACUUACCCCAACAAGGCUGCCCCUGGACGACUUGGUGCUCUUAGCAGAAUUUAAUCCAAAAUCACGACCACGAACAGGGGUGCCACCAGGAAGUCCGGGUCCUACGGAAAAAUCCCAUCAGUCGCCAUAUCUUUAGGGCCGAACUAACCCAUUAAAAGCUUUUUUUUGUUAUUAAACUUGAACCUGAGUUUAUUUAGAUGCAUGUUUUGGAGUAAUAUGAAUACAUGCGGGCUGCACGGUGGUCGAGUGGUUAGCGGGAGACCCGAGUUCAAUCCACCCUCGGCCAUCUCCAUAUGGAGUUUGCAUGUUCUCCCCGUGCAUGCGUGGGUUUUCUCCGGGUACUCCGGUUUCCUCCCACAUUCCAAAAACAUGCUAGGUUAAUUGGCGACUCCAAAUUGUCCAUAGGUAUGAAUGUGAGUGUGAAUGGUUGUUUGUCUAUAUGUGCCCUGUGAUUGGCUGGCCACCAGUCCAGGGUGUACCCCGCCCGAAGACAGCUGGGAUAGGCUCCAGCACCCCCUGCAACCCUUGUGAGGAUAAGCGGUAGAAAAUGACUGAAUGGGAAUUACAUUGCUCAGUAAAUUAUUAAUAGUGCAACAAAGGCAGCAGCUGUACCAUUACACCAGUUGAGCAGGUGAUUGCUCGUUCCGUCAUUCUGGCAAUGAACGCCGUGUCGGAUUCAUCUGCUUUUUUUGUCCUCUCCUGCCUCGGGCUGACUCGGUGCUCGAUGCGAUGCACAUCCUUUACGCAUUAUGGGGCCCGCCACGGAUCGAGGGACCAUGUAGGGAGGGGGGCCUGUACCUCCACAUCGCCACUGUGCUGUGAAAGUGUUCAACCCCAUGAAGUGAGCAGUGUGUGUUUUUCGGGGCAAGCUGUGCCUUACGGUGCACGCUCACUGGACGCAGCCGAAUCUCACUGCCACCUACUGGCCACGUGCGGCCAUGGCAGGGACUGUCUUGUCCAACUUCUUUGGAACCUCCCGUGUCCCCCAUGCCCCGGUUCUACAUAACAUUACACGUUUGCAAGCAACACACAAGUCCUGCAGUUCUAUUGGAUGUUUUGAUUUCUCAUGACCCGCCCCACUCGGCACGCUUUACAUAGCUAAUUAGUCCGAGCCUAACAGCAAGUAAUUACUUGAGGGAUCCAAGGCCUGGGUCUGUUUUGUUGACACGAGUCAUUAUCUGUUGCCAACUAAUGUACAUUUAAUAUGAAGAAGAAUCGCACAAACAUGAUCAUCUCUCUUUUUCUUUGAUCUUUUCACCAUCAUAGCAGUGCCUUUAAUACUCGAUGGGCAGACGUUCUUCAUGGAGGCUUAACACUGACCGCUUUAGAAGACGUACUGUACGUAUACAGUGGCAGAAAAAGGAAGUGGUGUUCAAUGCUCAUAGUUUCGUACCUGUGCAUGUUGGCUCAGAGGUAAUCCCCCCCCCGGUUUCUUUGUACCCCUGUCAUUGCUAUUACAUUUUGUGCAUUUAUACAGUUUUGAUACUUGAUGGAGUUCUUUGGUGAAGAUGUCUUGUGUUAUCAAUAUGUAAUAUAUUUUGCCAAGCGCGUAUUUCUUAUGUAUGAGGAUUUAAAAGAUGCAUCCGGAGCAAAACAGCAGCGGGCGAGUUGAUUUCAGUUGUGCUAUAACCUUCAAACGUGUUAUAACAUGUUAUAUAUGAAAAUGUAAAUAAUACAGAACUUUUGUAAAGAGAUAUAUUUUUUAUUCAAAUAAAGCAUUUGUAAGUUAUUGAAAAUGUUGUGUAAAAUGCACAUGUAAAUGUCAUGUAAGAUUACAAAAUGUUUUGUAUAUUUUUUUCUGUAUCAGCAAUGUAUAAAUCCUUAAUUU